AUUGAUCCAAGACUUAGAAUUUUUUUAAAAAUUUGUGACAAGGCUAUAGCACCUUAUGUUUCCUUAUGCAUUGAAAACACAAAAAAUUUAUUAAGAGCUGGCAUUGAAAAUCCUCCUUUAAAUCAAAGUAUGAUUGAUUUAUGUAGAAUUCACAAUGUAUCAGAAGAAUCUUUAAUACAUUCAGCAUUACCAUUUUUUAAAGAAAUUCAAUGUUUUAAUCCAAAAUUUAUUAGAGCUUCUUCAUCUCAAAAAAAUAUUUUGUUAUAUUCAUAUAUCAAGGAAUUUAUAAAUCAAGAAGAUGAAUUGAUCAAUGAAUGA